GAUGGCUCAAUUAUCUUUUGUUUUGGUUGUUGUUGUCGCUAUUGCGAACAUUGCAUGGGCGAUAUCAGGAAUCCAUAAGACCGUAAUCCAAGCAGAGUUCGUAUCGAAGGGGUUGUCCUGCUUAAAGAGCAAUCCUCUCACCGUGGGAGACAUUAACUCUCUCAGAAUGCUGAAAUCGCCCGAAAGCAGCGUUGCUAAGUGCUUCACUGCUUGUCUCUUCAAGAACAUUGGUAUUUUGGACAACUCAGGAGCAGUAUCAGCAUCCAAUGCUCGGCAGAAUGCGAAGCAAGUGUUCGCUAAUGAUGAAACCAGCCUCAACAACGUUGAGGAGCUUGUCAAAGAGUGCGAGAAAGUGAAUGCUGAAACUGUGGCAGAUGACCAGGGCUGUGAUAGAGCUGCUCUGGCUUUUGCCUGUUUAACUGAAAAUGGAGCCAAGUAUGGCCUCGAUCUCAAGUUUUAAGGAAAAAAACGAAAAUAGACAACCCAAAAAGUACAAACAUGACAAGGAUUUAAGGAUUAAGUAUAACGAAUAAAUGUUACAUGCCCU